AUUUUUUCAAUUCAUUAAUAAUUCAUCAUAAUUUUUACUUUUUCCAAUAAUUUAUCAGAUUUUAACCGAAAUUUUUCAUUUUUAACUGAAAUUUUUAUUUUAACGGAAGUUUUUAUUUUUUUGUGUAUAAAAUUUGAAUCCAGUUGAUUUUUUAAUUUUGUUUAAUUUUGUAAAAUAUUUCCAAAUUUCAAUCUCAAACCAAUGCCAGUAAAUAACUCAACAACUGUAAACUAAUCCCAAAUAACAUAAAUAAAUGUGAAAUAACGUAAAUAAAUGUAAAUUAAUGUGAGAUUAUUGUAAAUUAAUGUGAGAUUAUUGUAAAUUAAUGUGAGAUAAUGAGAAACUUGUUGGAAAAGUUGAUAAUGUGGAAAUAAAUGUGAAUAUGUGAAGAUGGUGUUUGGUCGCAUAUAUGAAUAUGUGUAUAACAAAUACUUCAAAAAACCUGACGAGGAGUUGCGUGUGAUAAAGUUGAAUAUACGUCAGGUGUUUGUGUGUUCGAACAGGGUAAAGACGACAAAGUACACGCCGUAUAAUUUUAUCUUCAAGAAUUUGUACGAACAGCUGUGCAUACCCUCGAAUCUCUACUUCGUUUUCAUCGCAGUCCUACAGUCCACACCCCAAGUUUCAUCAACGCAGGGCUAUCCGGUGGUAUUAUUACCGUUGAUAAUUGUGUUGUUGUUUUCUGCUUUAAAGGACGGUUACGAGGACUACCAGCGCUACUUGUCCGACAACCAACUCAACAACAACAUCGUUCAAAUUGUUAACCUCCCCUACGUCACAGACCAGUCCAAACUUAUCAACAAAGCUGAUACUCAUAAGGGUAAGGUAGACAAUGUAGACACUGGGGACACUGUAGACACUGUAGACACAGGGGACAAUGUUGACAAUGGGGACAAGGGGGAAAUGAAUUCUGAGGGUGAGAGGUACGGGUUUGUGAAGGGUGCGUUGAGGAAUAAAGUGUUGGUGAACAAGUAUUGGAAGGAUUUAAAGGUUGGAGAAUACGUUUUUUUACAGAAUAAAGACAUUGCACCGGCGGAUUUAGUUUUACUAGCCACCUCGGAGGAGAACGGAUUUGCCUUUGUCGACGCUUCCUCACUCGAUGGAGAAACCAACAUCAAGAAAAAAGAAUCAAUUUAUGAUGUGUACAAUGAGUUGGGAAGUGACUUUGAGCAUGUGAUAACUGAGGUGCAGCGUUUACUGGGCCACUUCAAGUGUGAGGGCCCGAAUAAAAACCUCAUUAGCUUCGACGGUCAUCUCAAGUAUCAUUUCUCCCAGAAAAUCACUCCCGUCCCACUCAACACCGAAAUGAAAAAACUUCUCACUUCCUACAAAUCCAAACUACACACCCACACAUCCAACCUCAAUCCCACACUAACUGAUACUCACCCCGUCAAUACUACAGAGAAUACUACAGAUAAUGUAGACACUGUGGAGAACACUAUAGAGAACACUGUAGACAUUGUGGAGAAUACUCUGUCCUCCGAAUCUGCUCGUGUUAGAAAUGAGAGUAUAAAUGACUUUGAGAGUAACAGUGGUGAGAUAAGGGACGCCCAGGUGAGUUUGAACAAUUUGCUGUUACGCGGGUGUAAGCUUGUGAACACGCAGUGGGUGAUCGGGUUCGUAGUUUACACAGGCCACGACACUAAGAUAUAUAAGAACAUUAGUAAGGCUCCGUAUAAGGUAAGUAACUUGCAGCGGAAGAUGAUGAGAACAACAUUUCUAAUUUGUGUGAUCCAGUUUGUCCUGUGUCUGAUUGCCACAUUUUACAAUCUCUACAUGCACACGCAUAAGGUUUACGAGAAGUAUCCGUACCUGUCACUCCAGACCCGGGCAUCCGGGCUCUACAUUGUCUUUGUGUAUUACUUCUCCUGGAUGGCACUGACCGCCAAUUUCGUACCAAUCAGCGCCAUUGUGACACUGAACGCAGUGAAGUUGAUUCAGGGGUUUUUCAUUCAACUGGACGAUUCAAUGUAUUGCGAGGAAUUGAAGAUGAACGCUAAGGCUAGAAAUACCAUGCUCAAUGAAGAAUUAGGACAAGUCAAACAUCUGUUUUCCGAUAAGACUGGAACGUUAACGUGUAAUAAGAUGGAGUUCCGUAAGUUUAGUAUAAUGGGUCACAGUUACGGCAAGGGUUACACUGACGUCAUCCGCUUUGUCUAUGCUAAAAAGGGAAUUUACCUCGAGUCUGAAGCGUCCAAUCCCAACUACGACAAGGAGUCCCAUGUAAACCUAGUUGACGACACGUUGUUCCAGGAACUUAAUGAUCCCAGCCAUCCCAGACAUGAGUAUUUGGUUGACUUUUUCUUCCACUUGGCGCUGAAUAACUGGGCGAUCCCCGACAGCUCCGAUGACAGGAUUUACAUGUGCCCAAGCCCAGACGAACUCUGCUUCGUCAACGCCGCUGCCUUUUGCGGGUUCAGAUUAUUACAGAGGAACUCCAACUUUGCCACUGUAUCUGUGUUCAACAAGAUUUACAAGGUUAAAAUUAUUGCUCAAGCCGAUUUCGACUAUAGAAGGAAGUGCUCCACAACCAUCGUGGCCUUUCACAACUGUAGUAAUAGUAAUACUAUUGGUAGUAGUAAUAGUAAUAGUAAUACUAUUGGUAGUGGUAGUAGUAGUGUGGAUAAAACUGCUGCUGGAGGACCUGACCCCGUAACGCACUGCCGCCAGAGUGUGAGUGACGAGUUGCUGAACGAGGACAUGAGCAAGUACCGGAUAAUCCUAUACUGCAAGGGCGGCGACAACGUCAUGGUCAGUAAACUCAAAGAGAUCUCCGAAGUGGACUCCGUAACCCUCCGGAACAUGAAGAAUUACUCCGUUGGCGGACUAAGAACCCUAGUUUUCGCCAAACGCGAACUCAGUCACACAGAGUUCCGCUCAUGGCUAACGGAGUAUAACAAAUUAAAAUUGUGUAUAGAGGGACGUGACGAAAAGUUGGCGGAAUGUGUUGGGAGGUUGGAGUGUGGCUUGGAGUUGCAGGGUGUGACGGGGAUUGAGGAUAAGUUACAGGACGGCGUCUCAGAGUGCAUAGAAAAGCUCCUAAUGGCCGGGAUCAGAAUUUGGAUGCUCACCGGCGAUAACCUCGACACCUCAAUCAACAUCGGAAUCGCCACCAACCUCGUCAACAUGCUCUCCGACCGCAUCAUGCUGGAUUCUAACACCCUGAGAUAUUGUGACUUAGCCACGGUGAUACAGAGCAACGUGCGCCGUAUCGAUGAGGAAAAUAACAUCUCCAGGCACCGCUGCAUCAUCAUCGACUCCAUCACCAUAGAACUUCUUUUCAAGGGUAUCACUAGUGAACACAAUCUAACCAAUGAUCAUACAGAGCUCAGUGUGUUAUUUCUAGAAUUAGUGCGCCGAGUGCAUUCUGUGAUAUGUUGUCGUAUGACUCCGUAUUUAAAAGGUGCCGUGGUAUCAUUUGUGAAGUCGAGGCUGGGUGGGAUAACGCUGGCGGUGGGUGACGGCGCCAAUGACUGUAACAUGAUCCAGACAGCACACGUGGGCGUUGGGAUCAAGGGCCGGGAAGGUUCCCAGGCCUUCAACGCGUCAGAUUUUGGCAUCGGACAGUUCCGGUUCCUCUCACCGCUCAUACUACACCACGGCCGGUGCUGCUACAGGAAUACCUCCAAGUGCAUCUCGUACAUGUUUUACAAGAACGUAAUCCUCAUUAUUCCCCUCUUUUUCUAUGCGUAUAUAAGUUUAUUUUCUGGGCAAAAAAUCUACUAUUCGCUGUUUGUGGCGAUUUACAAUGUGGUGUUCACGUCGGUGCCGGUGGGGAUUUUUGGGAUUGUGGACCAGGACUAUAACAAAAGCUUAUCGGCAAAGUACCCGCACGUGUACCAGCUGGGACAGCGGAACUACUACUACAACGUCGUCAAGUUCUCAGGCUGGAUACUUAACGCGGUGAUACAGUCGGCAAUAAUAUUCUUCAUGAUGACGCUGGGACUGGGCGAUGAGUUUUCCAUACCCUUUUCCAAGGGACUAAUUGCAGACGCUCCGACACUGGGAAUUAUGCUGCUGUCCGCCGUGUUCAUAAUUGUGAGCUGUAAGCUAGUGUUGGAGACGUGGUACUUUACGAAGAUUACGCUGCUGUCUCAUUUGAUUAGUAUUUUUUUCUUUAUUGUCACGGUGUGCUCGUUUUCAGCUUCGCCAGUUUAUUCAGCGAAUUCGGUGGGAUCUGCGUUUGUGUUGUUUACGAGUUACCGGUUUUGGAUCGUGCUGCUGGGGACGCUGAUGCUGUCAAUGUACAGGGACUACUUUUACAAGGUGUUCAAGUACUCGUUCUGCCCGCACUACUACCACCACGUACAACGAGUCGAGUACCUCAAAAUCGAAGAUCCCAUACCCUUUUAACCUUAAUCUGUUCACUAUAGUAUU